CAUGCCAGACUGCACUUCCAAAUUCUAAGCUGUACAAACCACAUUUUAAAGUGUAGAUUAAAGAAACAACAAAUUAUUUCCAAAUUUCUUGUCCUAAUAUUCGACUGCGAAAGUAUUUUAAUUUGACCGUCAUUUCAUAUUUGCCAUGGAACCGGAUCCACCUGCUGUCAUUUUUCCACCAGGCCCAGGUGCAUUUAACCAACAUUUGGACUGCGAGAAUUUGGAUCAGAUGACGGAUAACUUGGACGACAUCCACAGGCCUUCGUUCUUCACCACUCUCAUGCGUUUUUUCGGCAAUAUUUUUGUCGAUAUGUUCAGUGCGAUAUUCAGCUGAGGAGGAAACCAAAACUAUCGAUAGCCCGCGGUCUAUAUGACACAUCGAAGCUCAAUGUUGCAGAACCCAUAGCCAUCACCAUAGCAGAAAAUAAAUGUUAGUUUAAAAUUA